UCUCUUCGUAUUAAACAGCACAGAGUGGAGAAGAGUUAUAUUCACAAAUUAGAUUAAACUCAGUGUUUGAUUCACAAGCUAAAAAACAAGUAAUUCGCAGUAAAGUUAGCUGACGGCUUCUCAGUUGCAUUUGUGCGCUUACUUGCAACGGUUCAGUCAGCGUAAAAUAAAUGUGUAUGCUUAAAGAGUGCAACAAAUUGUGUUAAAGCGAUCAAUAAUUCUACAGGGCGGACGCAACGCGCUCUUAGUGUGGUAUAUGUGUUUACAAUAAAUAAUUAUUAACGUUUUUGACAGCAAGAAGACCACUGGCAACGACAUGCUCCUACAGAGAAACAAAUUAGGCAGCGUACGCCCACCGAAGCGUUGCAGAAGCGACAUGGACAAUAUCUCGACCUCGGACAUUGUCAUCAUCAAUGGCAACUCGCAUCCGGAUCUGGCCAAUUCGGUGGCCGAGCGCAUGGGUAUCAAGAACGGCGGCUGCUCGGUGUUUCACAAAUCGAAUCGGGAGACCAUCGUUGAGAUAAGCGACUCGGUGCGCGGCAAGGAUAUUUACAUUAUACAAACAGGCACCAAAGAUGCCAACAACAAUAUCAUGGAGCUGCUCAUUAUGGCCUAUGCCUGCAAAACUUCCUCGGCUCGCUCUAUUGUCGGUGUCAUACCCUAUUUGCCGUACUCGAAACAGUGCAAGAUGCGUAAACGCGGUUGCAUUGUGUCCAAGCUGCUGGCCAAAAUGAUGUGCACCUCAGGACUCACGCACAUCAUAACCAUGGAUCUGCAUCAGAAGGAAAUACAAGGCUUCUUCGAUAUACCGGUUGAUAAUUUGCGCGCCUCGCCCUUUUUGCUGCAGUAUAUACAGGAGAGCAUACCCGACUACCGCAACUCGGUGAUUGUGGCACGCAAUCCGGGGGUUGCCAAAAAGGCUAAUUCGUAUGCGGAACGGUUGCGCCUCGGCCUGGCUGUCAUACACGGCGAACAGAAGGAGGCUGAGAGCGAUGAAGUCGACGGCAGAUACUCGCCACCGCCCACCAGGGCGUAUUGCAAUAUAUUAGGAAAUUCUGUUGAAAUGUGCAUACCAUCGGCGUCUAGAAACUCUACUCCACAACAUGCACCCAGUAGUAGCCGCCAGCGCACCACCUCCGUAUCGGUGGGUGUGCCGGAGCAUCCGGUCAAAGUCAAGCCGCCGCUCACAAUUGUGGGCGAUGUGAAUGGACGCAUUGCCAUUAUGGUGGACGAUCUGAUCGAUGAUGUGCAAGCGUUUGUGGCCGCCGCCGAAAUGCUAAAGGAUAAUGGUGCCUGCAAAAUAUACGUACUGGCCACGCACGGUCUGCUCAGCUCAGAUGCGCCCCGUCUGCUCGAGGAGUCGGUCAUAGAUGAGAUUGUUGUCACCAAUACCAUUCCACAUGAGGUACAGAAGUUGCAAUGCAACAAGAUAAAGACUAUUGAUAUAUCGAUACUGAUCGCUGAGGCCAUACGCCGCAUACACAACAAGGAGUCAAUGUCGUAUCUGUUUCGUAAUGUAACGCUAGAGGAUUGAGAAUGCGUCUGCUCGCACCUUCAUGCCCACUCAUCCACACACACAUCACUCAUGUACUGUGUCACAAAUGGUCACUAGCCAGUGUAGUAGCUUCAUGGAAGUUGCAUCUUCUUUAUAUUGUUUGUUUACCACGCCCUACCCCGCUUUAAUUUUAUUAAAUAGAAACUAUUAUAAACCGUGCUCCAGGUGCGGCUGCUCAAAUAAAACGAAAUAUGCUUUAAAAUUGGCGAACUCUUAUAUAUUGUAAUUGAUAUGCAAAUAAAAUUGUAAUUUUAA